GACAGUAGUGAGGCAGCAGAUGGAGCUGGCCCCUGGGAUGAAGAAGUCACCAAGUGGUGGGGAGAGUGGAGCUCCUGGUCCACCUGCUCGCGGUCCUGCGGGGGAGGCGUGAUGUCCCGGGAGAGGCACUGCUUACGACAGAGGCUCCAGAUGCCCCAGGAAACAAACAGCACCAUGUGUGCUGGUCAAGCCAAGCACUACCAACUGUGCCAGCAGCAGCCCUGCCCAGCCAACACAGCAAGCUUCAAACAGCAGCAGUGCUCCAGUUUCAAUGCCAAAGCCUUUGGGAAGCGCUACUACCACUGGAUGCCCCUCUACCCAGAUGACUACACCAGUAUCUCCAACAAGCCGUGUGACCUCCAGUGUACCACCCGGAGCGGAGAGAGGCAGCUGAUGGCUCGAGCACAGGAUGGUACCUCCUGCAAGGACAGGACCUAUCAAGGGGUCUGCAUCAAUGGGAAGUGUGAGCCAGUUGGGUGCGAUGGGAGCCUGUACUCACCCCGGACGAUGGACAGAUGCAGGGUGUGUGGAGGGGACGGCAGCACUUGCCACCGUGUCUCGGGCAGCUUCCGAAAGGCAAUCUCACAGAUAGGUUACGUGUUCAUCACCAACAUCCCUGCUGGUGCCACAGACAUCCUCAUCAUCGAGCGCAGGAAAACAGAAAACAUCCUAGCACUCGCAGAUGAAUCCGGGCAUUUCUUCUUCAACGGCAACUCCGCCAUUGACAACCCCCAGAACUUCAGGGUAGCUGGCACGAUCUUCAAGUACCGGCGUCCCUCGAGCCUGAACUCAGAUGGGCUCGAGUAUAUCAUAGCUCAUGGGCCCACUAACCAGUCUCUGAAUGCCAUGUACUAUAACUUAAACGGCAAAAUGCCACACAUAACUUACGACUACACUGUACCACGGACACCGCCUCUCCGAACUGCCACCCCUGCUUUAGACAGACCUCUCUAUCAUCACCUACCAGACACUGGCCAGAACCAUCCCAUUCCAGCCAACUCCAGAGCUUCCCAGGACUUCAAUGCCACGUGGCUCUCCCUGUCACCAGAUGACACCAUGGAACAGCUUCCUCUGAGAGAAGGGCAUGAAGAUUUAGGCUUCAGGCACCCACACUUCUUCCAGACCAACUCCACCAGUCAGACUCGGGACUGGGAACAAGAUGAAGAGAAGGAGAAGUACGACUUCCAGAUAAGACAGGUCUACCAUGCAAGCACAGGAGAGGAAGAGGAAGCAGCAGGAGCUGCAGCACCUGGCGACCAGGCUGGCCCCAAGGAACUUCACGGCAGGACUAUGGACCAAGACAGCUGCCCGGUGGCCACAGGGCCUCCACAAAGCGCCGGCCCCAAUGACUUUGAUGUGAGCCCUGUCAGCCCCGAAGACAUCAGCUUGGCUGACAUGUAUCGGUGGAAAGUCUCAGCUUACGCCCCCUGCAGCUCCACGUGCACUUCAGGUAUCAGCACCUCCUACGCGAUGUGCGUCCGAUAUGACGGAGUGGAAGUGGAUGAAACGUACUGUGAUGCCCUAACCCGACCGGAACCUACUCACGAAUUUUGCACAGGGAGAGAUUGCCAGCCGAGGUGGGAGACCAGCCGGUGGAGCGAAUGCUCCCGGACCUGUGGCGAGGGCUACCAGUACCGCACCGUGCGCUGCUGGAAGAUGCUGGCUCCAGGCUUUGACAGCUCUGUUUAUGAUGACCUCUGCGAGUCAGCCGGGCUGGCCAGGCCCAUGGAGAGGAAAGCCUGCAAGAACAAGGCCUGUGGGCCCCAGUGGGAGCUCUCUGAGUGGUCUGAGUGCUCGGCACGGUGCGGCGCACAGGGCACGAUGAAGCGCGAGGUGCGUUGCUCAGUGGAAGGGGCCCUCUGUGACGAAUCCCGGAAGCCCAGCGGUGAGAAAGCAUGCACAGGACCACCCUGCGACCGCCGCUGGACCGCUUCUGACUGGGGCCCGUGCUCAGGUUCGUGUGGUGAGGGACGCAUGAGCCGCUUCGUCGCGUGUCGCAACCAGGAAGGCAAGGUGAUCUCCAACUCGCAGUGCGACCCAGCCACCAAACCCCUGGCUGUCCAUCCGUGUGGAGACAAGAACUGCCCCGCACACUGGGUGGAGCAGGAGUGGGACCAGUGUGAUGCCAGCUGUGGGCGAGGGACGAAGACCCGGGUCGUCUUGUGCGCGGGCCUGGAGAAUGGUGUGUACAGGGAGUACCCCGAAAAGCGCUGUGAAGCCUCUCAGAAACCUGAGGAACAAACUGCCUGUUUCAGGAGGCCGUGUUCAACGUGGUUCACUACCUCCUGGUCUCAGUGCAGCAAGACGUGUGGUGCUGGUGUGCGACUACGUGAGGUGAAGUGCUACCAAGGGGAAGUGCUGGCUCAGGGCUGUGACCCUGCUUCCAAACCAGAAGCCAGGCAGACGUGCCAACUCCAGCCGUGCCCCACAGAUGCACCAGAAGAAGACUGUGAAGACAAAGUGACGGCCAAUUGUGUGCUGGUGCUGAAGGUGAAGCUGUGCUCUCACUGGUACUACAGGAAGGCUUGCUGCCGGUCGUGUCGGCUCAAGUCACCCUGA